GCUACGCUCUCUAAUUCCAAAUUUCUAGAUGAUGCUUUUCCUUGGAACUUUUUUUAUGCUUCUUUUCGCUUGAUCUUUGGUUUAUAAUCCCUGAUCCUUGUUUGCAUGUGGUAUAUACUAUAGUGAUGCGAUAUGUUGUGAAAGUUACAUUUUCCGUAAUUAAAUUUCGCUCCAUCACCUGUUAGAAGCCGAGAAGUGAGAAGGAUUGGAUGCAUGCAUCAUCUGUGAUAAUUUUGGCAGGUGGUUGUUAUUUUUUGCACCUGCUAAAUGCCCUGCUUCUUUAGUAAGAGAAGUUUUGGUGAAGGCAGGGCAAAAUAAUUAGGCAUCUGCACUAAGAUUAUCCAGUGUGUGUGUGUGUGCGUUUUUUUUUUUUUUUUUUUUUUUUUCCAAAACUUUUUAAAAUUUUAUUUUUAAUUGGAUUCCCUAAACAUUGAUAAAUUGGCAGUUUUACUUGAGAAAGGGAGGUUUACUACUAUUUGAUUUAUUGAGUGGACCCAUAAGAAUGUUGCAUGUCGUUCUGAGGCGAUUUUAAGAGAUUUCUGAAGGUAGGGCAGGAUGCAUAUGCCUAGGAUUUACAAGAGUUAUAGCUAGCUCACAAUUCAACUUUUUAUGUCUUAAUAGAUCAAAAUACUUUGGGGGGUUGCCUUAAAAUCCAAACAUUUUCCCAGUUGUUUAUUGUUGUUUGUGCAAGAGUGUUUAAAUCCUCAGGGACACAAAAUGAUGCACACACAUAUAUGUGCAGUGGGUUGCUCUUUGUAUUUCUGUUGACCUGCAUUAAAAGGGUGUAGAAGCAUACAAAGAUUGCUAAUUAUCAAAAUGUAUUUCGAAGAGCUUGGAAUUCUUGACUUGGGCAUAUAUUCAAACAUGACCAUAGAUCCUUCCACCAAAGAUAUUGAUGACAUUGACUGGAAUUCUGAAGAUGAUCAAGAAAUUGAGGAUACAACUGGUGGAAGGACUGCAACUAGCAACGAGGAGGCAAGCUCAUCAUCUACUCCCUGCUCCAAGUUGAUUCAGAAUUUUGUUGGGAUGGGAUUUCCAAGAGAACUAGUUGCAAAAGCAAUAGAACAAAAUGGAGAAGACUCAGAAUUGAUACUGGAAACUCUUUUGACAUAUUCAGUUCUUGAGAAUUCUUUAAGUGAAAAUCCUUGUGCUAUCUCUCCCCAACACAAGCCAUGUCUCAACAGUGAUGAGAGCUCUUCAGGAUAUAAUGAGAACUUUCUGGAUGACUUGUCUGACACCUACAGUUGGUCGGAGGAUGAUGAGGAAAAUGCCGAUACCUUAUCUGACAAGGAGAGAAGACUAUUGGACCUCACAAAUAUGGGUUACCCAAUGGAGGAGGCUUCACUAGCUAUGGACAGAUGUGGUCCAGAAGCCACUGUGGCUGAAUUGAUAGAUUUUAUCUCUGCUGCUCAAGUGGCAAAGUCAGAUUCUCUCUAUUGGCAAGAAGAUGAUAUCAAGCCAAAGUUGAAGAAUCCAUCUAAUGCAAAUGAUAGACAUAAAAGGAGGAAGCUAUAUAACUACGAGUUGCAAAGAAAGAAAAGGCAGACGGGUGUCUUUGAUGAAGAUAAUCAGCCACUUCGCCUGCCAAAACCAAUGGUUGGGUUUGGUGUACCGACUGAGACAAGUCCUACAUUUCAGGGAAGGACUAUUUCCAGUGAAGCAACUGGUCCUCCCUAUUUUUAUUAUGAGAAUGUUGCUCUAGCACCAAAAGGUGUCUGGGAAACUAUAACCAGACACCUGUUUGAUGUUGAACCAGAGUUUGUUGACUCCUUGUAUUUUAGUGCUUCUGCAAGGAAGAGGGGGUAUAUACAUAAUUUGCCUAUUGAGAAUCGAUUCCCCCUACUUCCACUUCCCCCACGCACCAUACAUGAAGCAUUGCCUUUAACAAGGAGAUGGUGGCCUGCAUGGGAUUAUCGCACCAAGCUUAACUGCAUACAAAGUGCAGUUGGAAGUGCAAAACUAACAGAAAGGAUCCGCAAUGCCUUGGAAGUCUCUGUUGGUGAGCCACCUUUGGCAGUGCAGAACUAUGUUCUUGAAGAAUGCCGAAGAUGGAAUCUGGUUUGGGUGGGACUGAACAAAGUAGCCCCUCUAGAGCCUGAUGAAGUUGAAAUGCUAUUAGGGUUCCCAAAGAGCCACACAAGAGGGAUAAGUAGGACAGAUAGAUACAAGGCACUUGGCAACUCAUUCCAGGUUGACACAGUGGCAUAUCAUCUCUCAGUAUUGAAGGAAUUAUAUCCUAGAGGUAUCAAUGUACUGUCACUCUUCUCCGGGAUUGGGGGUGCUGAAGUGGCUCUCCACAGACUUGGAAUCCAUUUGAAGAAUGUAGUUUCUGUUGAAAAAUCAGAAGUUAGUAGGACUGUGAUGAGAAGCUGGUGGGAGCAAAGUAAUCAAACCGGUAAUCUUGUCGAGUAUGGUGACAUAGAAGGGUUGGAAAGGGAUGAGAUAAAGCGAGUAAUGGCUUCAGUUGGGGGAUUUGAUCUAGUGAUUGGGGGAAGUCCAUGCAAUAACCUUUCAGGGAGCAACAGGGUGAGCAGAGAUGGAUUAGAAGGUAAAGAAAGUUCUCUUUUCUUUGAAUAUGUUCGUGUUUUGAACGUAGUUAAGGGUAUACUCUAGUCUAAUUUUGUUGGAGUAAUACUGAAUUCUCGAGUCUUAAGUAGGCCAGCUAGACCGCUAGGUUGUUUUCAUAUGUAUAUACUCUACAUACAGACAUGGUUUUAUCUCAUUUUCACCGGAAAUUAAUGCCAUCGUGCUUGCUUUA